UAGUGGACACUAUAUAACUGCCGGGACUCGAUCGUCGUGUAAUUCCAGUAGCCGCAAUUCCCGAAAAAUAGGUGUCAUUAAUCCGGAGAUAAAACGAUGCCGAUCACUUCUUUCACUUCAUCCAAGUGUCAACAAUGGCCACGCAGUCACGUGCAGCAAACAAAAGUGUGAAUCGCUUGAGACAAAAGUUUGAGGAGAAAGAUGCUGCCCAUCAACCGACGGCCGGCGGGAGUGCGCCGAACUCGCCGCAGAUGUGCCGCCCGGGGAGAUUCGUACAGGCCAAGAGGAUUGGACAAAAGUCCGGGGAGAGUUCGCAGAUUCAUCGGCGGUCGUCCGAGUCAGCAGCACUGCUGGUGAGCCGCAGGAACAUUUCGUCUUCUUCGCAAGGAACAAGUGGUUCCGUUGCUGUAAAAAAUGGGAAAAGUACUUUCCAGCCUCAGAAAGAAUCUCCUCUGAUGAGUCGUCGAUACAACAGACAGUUGUCAGAGAAUGCAGCAAAUAGCAGAGACGCACAGGGAGUUUUCAAAGGAAACAAGUUCCCAGGACCAAAGCCGGCCUUGCCCGCAAAGCCGACCUUGCCCGCAAAACCGACGUAUUUAACGGUCAUAAAGCGUGGGAAGAGUGUAGAAAAUCUUGUCGAAACACAACCGAUAAGAAAAGAGAAAAGCAAUGUUAAAAAUGAUUCUGAGACUGGUUCCCAGACUCCAGAGGAGGGGAAACCAUCCAGCGUAGCAGAGAGGGCCCGACUCUUCUCGGCCGAGGAGCCCAGGGCUGGCGCCAUCCGUCAGCGCAAGCAGUCACCUGCCGGUGCCGGUGCCCUGACAUUCAAAGCAUGGGAAGAGAGCGGGGACCAGGGAGAUGACGAAGACAAUCUCUGCGACAGUACUAAUCAGAAACAGGAUGUUGAGCAACCCAAGUUGUUAGAAACGAGGGUUGCUGAUACCGAAAGAGGCGGUAAUAUUAGCUCGUCAACAAAGAAAGUUUUGGCGGAAUUUAGUGAAAGUCUCGACUCUGAUAACGAGCAUGGAUCAUAUAAUGUGUGGGAAGGGUCCGACGGCGAGGCAAGGGUCAUCCCGCUGCGACCCAACAAGCUGCUGCAGAGUGAGUUUGCACCGACGACCGGUCGCAGCGAUCUGCGACGCGCCAGUUCCUUAGAAGACUUGCCCACCAUCUCGGUAUCCUUCAGCAACGCCCGGGGCUUGUUCCAACAGGCCCAGUUUAUGAAGUCCUGCGAAACGGUGGAUACAACUGCGAAGCCUCCGAUUCCCAACAAGCCUCCAGUUUUCAAGAAACCUGCUUUGAGCAGCAGUCAGGAUGGUUUAAACAGCAAACCUGGCGUACCCCCCAAAAAAGCAAUCGGCAGUCCACCGAGAACGACGCCCAAGCCUAAAAUCGCCCUCAAACCCUCCGAACAGUCCAGAAUGGAUAACAUCUACGAUGAAGUUUACCAUGAGGGGAUGGAGGGGUCUGAACCAACUGGGAUCAGAAAUGACAGGGCACCUUCUAAGAAACUGGAGAAGUUUUUUGGUCCAGAUUUUGUUGCCGGCAAGCAGGCUGGGUCUGGGGACGAAAAGAGUACGAAAACUGGGAAGGGUGAGAAACCUGUAGUGGAUAUCAGAUUCAGGAAGAUCUCUGCCCCAGCCCGGUCAAAGACAGUCGACAGGGAAGGGCCGUACGCCGUGACACCACUCCCGGAUGCAGACAAGACUGAGUCCAAGAAGACCAAGAACCCAGCCGAGCAGAAGACUCGAGAGAUCUCGGACGGGAACGGCAACAAAGUGGUGUUGCGGAACUCCGGCGGCAUGUCGAGCGGCGACUCGGGGAUCGCGGGAUUGCACCUGGAGGCUUCCGGGAUGAAGAGGAUCAUGAGCAAGAGGGAGAGACGCAUGUCACGCCGGCUGCUCAGGCAGAAGAUCAAGUCCAUGGACUCGGAUUUCACGGAGGAUUCGGACGAUGAACCGAUCGGUGCCGACUCGGACUUUGACUCGGAUAGCUCUCUGGAAGAGCCAAAUGUGUUCCUGGAUGACACCCACCAAAAAGCCUUUGAGGUGCUCACGACGGAACGGACAUAUGUAGGCACUCUACAUCUCAUAAGUGAAAUAUUUAUGAAACGGAUUGAAGAAGAGAACAAGGAGAAGGCCUGGUUCAAUCAUUCGUUUAUCAAUGAAAUCUUCUCCAACAUAGCAUCCAUCUACCAGCUUCAUUCGGCCGUGCUGCUACCGGAUCUGGAACAGACGUUAAAAAAUUGGGAGAAGAAUCCGUGUCUGGGGGAGGUGCUGAAGAAGAACGCUCCGUUCCUCAAGCUCUACUCGGACUACGUCAGUAACUUUGAUCAUGCCAUGAAGCAGCUGAAAGAUUUGACGUCCAAAGCGCCCAAAUUUGCCGCCAAGCUUGUGGAAUUGCAGCAACAUGAACUGUGUGGAAAUCUUGCGCUUCAACACCACAUGCUCACCCCAAUACAGAGGAUACCCAGAUAUGAACUUCUCCUAAAAGAGUACUUAAGAAAACUGCCAGAUGAAUCUAAGGACAAGGCAGAUGCAGAAAAGGCUCUGGUUAUCAUAUCGGGGGCAGCACAACAUUCCAACGACAUGAUGAAAUCCAUGGAGCAGUUUGAGAAGCUGUUGAAGAUAAAUGAGAAGAUCGACGAAGUCAAUGUCAUUGACCCAACGAGGCAUCUCCUGAAGGAAGGCAAGAUGACCAUGAUAGUGGCAAAGAACAAGGAGGACCGAUACAUCUUCCUGUUCAACGACAUUCUCCUGUGCUGUGAAAAGAAGCGUUUACUGACCUCCACGACCUACAAGGUCAAGUUAAAGAUGGAAGUGGACGACGAGAUGAAGGUGAGCGUACUGGACAGUGACAGCUGCGGGUUCAUUGUCGUGAGCAAGACCAAGAGCAUUCAGUUCAAGACCAACUCGGAAGAAGACAGGGAGGAAUGGAUGAGAGUGCUGUUAUCAGCCAUUCAGGAGAUGGUUCGGAAGAUGGAUACUUUCAGGACAAACAACGCCGCCGCACGGAAUUUGAAGGACCAGUUUAUACCAGGGAAAACGGAGCCCCAAUGGAUUAAAGAUGACGAGACAUCCAUGUGCAUGAGGUGUGGAACGGACUUCAAGCUGACCAAACGGAGACACCACUGCAGAGCGUGCGGUGCGGUUGCGUGUCACAAGUGUUGCAGCUUUGAAGCCGAACUAGAGUUUGAUGGCAACAGAGUCUGCAAAGUAUGCGUCAAAUGCUCCGACGCCAUAAAUGGAAAAAACGACGAAUCGGAGAGAAUCAGUAGUACUAUAAGACAGUCGUUGAUCGAUAUAGAUGAAGACAACUCAUUUGGGAGUUUCCUGUAUCUCCACCAGAGAGGGGCGUGGACUAAGUUUUGGGUGGUGGUCACGGAGGAGAACUUGUUUGUACUUAAAGCGCCCAAGGACGUACGGGCUGUGAUUACCGUUCCUAUCAAGCGGUACUCCAUCAAAAGCCUUUCAGACACCGAUUCCGAUAGGGCCCAUGUAUUCAGACUCAGUUGCAGUGAAGCAAGAACGGAGAAAUACACAUUGUCAGCUGAAUCCAAAGAACUCAAAAGAAGAUGGAUGGCCGUUCUGACUCAGGGCGUUCAGGAAAUAUCCAAAACAAUGACGUUCUAACAAUCUGCCUGCAUCAUGCCAAUGAACCCACCCCACGAGGCCACACUCAAAGGAGGGCCACGCCCAAAGGAGGGCCACGCCCAAAGGAGGGCCACGCCCAGUUCAACCCAUCCUAAAGGGGUCCUCGCACUGAUGCCCAAAGUGACCACGCCUCCGUAAGCCUGUUUAAACCGGGUCCACCUGGAUUGAGCUGUCACAAAAGGGGGCUGCCCUCGGUUAGACCUGCCCAAAGAGACCACACCCAAAGAGACCACGCCUUGAAUGACAUCUUAAGCACCACACUAUUGUAAACCUGUUCGAAGGUCCAACUGGAAUGAGCUGUCACAAAGGGAGGGGGGGGCGCCCUUUAGUAAGACCCGCCCAAAGGGAGCCCGCCUUGAAUGGACACGCCCUAAGGCUAAGGGGCAUUGCCUUAUCGGUCCGUUUUAGAGACCACAUCUGCAAAAGGAGCCUCCUGCAUAAGCUCGACUCCGCCCUGAAGAGACUGCACCCUGAUGGAGAUAUCACCGGAGCCACGCCCUUGACACGCCCUUGACACGCCCGUACCCAUUGUUGCCUAUGUUCAGAUAGACCGUCAGUUUUGGGCGUACCAAACAUCUUCUAGGAGCUAUUUCACUGUGGCACGCCCAGUCAUCAGAUUGCCUCAUACACUUUCUUUUCUUAAAUACCAAGUUAUCAAAAGCAUAAACUAAAAACAUUGAAAGAGCCGAGACUAAGUAAUGCAAAAAGCUUUAAAAAAUUGUAAGAACACUUGACCACUCUUGACAAAAAUUGAGAUAAUAGUGUGAAAUCACACUUUUUUUUUUUUUACCGUAACCCCAUUGUUUCAUGAGAUACUUUUAUGGAGGUCACGUUGUUUUAUCAACACCUUCUGAUGUAAAUAUGUUUUUUUGAAUGAUUUCAUUAGCAAUGCGAGUCCAGUAUGUCUGUGUAUAUUGAUGGAAAUAUCUUAUGUACAUACAUUUUUGUAUCUAUAUAUUUGUGUAUCCAUAUAUAAAAAAAAUUAUCGAUGUUUUCAUUUUACAGAACUAUGCAGACUUUUGAGAAUAUGCAGAUAGAAAGAAAUUAUUUAUAAACUAUUUUUAACAUAUGUACCCUUUUUUAGAGUAAAAAUUUGUACAGAGAUCGUCAUUUUGUUGUAAUGUCAAAAGGGUUUUCUUUCUUAUUUGCGAAUAUACAUGUAUACAUGUACACAAUAUGAAGUUUUAAGAAUAAAGCUUUGUUCUAUGUGACAAGUUUUUUGCGGAGGAAUUUGCAGAGUUGUAACCACAAUUAUCCGUGUUUGACAUCCGAGAUGGGACCCUGUCUUUAUCAUGAAGACACCACAAAGGUUUCUUAAAUUGAGACAAAAUCUUGGAUAAUGAGUUUUACAAUCCAAACACAUCCUCCAGGGCUUGACGAGGUUUUAUAAUAUAAAACUGAUUUUUUGUUUAGUUGUAAAUAACAAACUAUAGAUCAGGGAAAAAAUGAGAUAAUAAUUUGCAGAAGAAAAACAUUGUAGAUUUGUUUUGUGAUUUGGUUUUUAAGUAUGAUUUGCCCAAGUCAAGCUAUGCCACGUUAAACUGUUUUGGUUUUUUUUGGGGUACCGAUCAUAACAAUUACACUUUCACAGUUUAAAAAAAA